AUGGCAUUUUCAACGGCUCUCUUCAUCAUGUUCAUUUUGAUGUGCGGAAGUGGAAGUUAUGGGGAUAGUAGCACAAGUAUCACAAGUAAAGAAAAUAAAACGACUGCUGGGAAAGUAGAAAAGGUUACAACGGCAAAAGCAGAAAUAGCAGGAUCAACGAUAGGAACAACAGCAAAAGUGGAAGCAACGGCAAAAAUGGAAACAGAGGCAAAAGUAGAAGCAAAAAAAACGGAAGAAGAGUUACCAGUAGAACAAAUAAUGAUCACUGCAAUUCGCGAUGAGGAUGCUGAUGCUGAAGACACUAUGACUGAAGCGAGUGUAGAAAGCAUUGGCAGUAUGCCUCAAAUGAGUUAG